AUGUCAUUCGCAGGCGUAUCCUUGAUCCGCGACGGGAAACUAUGGCCAUCCGCACCGGCCAUCAGCGACGCCGGCUCCGCCAGUGGGUACCACCUUCUCGUGGUCGAAGGCUACUCCCGCACCAAGGCGGACGUCCUCAACGGCAAAUCCAUCGAGUCUAGCUGUUUCAGAGUUGGAGGGUAUCUCUGGACUGUCCGGUACUACCCGAACGGCGUUUGGACGAGCCACACCGACUUUAUCUCCGCUGGUCUCAUCCUUGCUCAGGAUGUUGCAGAGCCUGUAAAGGCAAACCUCGAGUUUUGUUUCAUCGACCGGGCAGACAAGCAGGGGCCAUCGCACAUUCGUCGUACGAAAGUAUUUGACUUCCCUAUAAAAUCUCUCGGUAGGGGCUGCCCCGACUUUAUAAGGAGGGAUGACUUCGAGGAUUCAGAACAUCUCAAGGAUGACAGUUUCACCAUCAGGUGCGGUGUUGUCGUCAUCAAGGACGUCGACGCCAAGGCCACGGCUUCACCGUUCGUCACGGUGCCGCCGCCUGACAUGCAGCGGCACUUCGCUGACCUCCUGGCGUCCAAGGAAGGCGCGGAUGUGACGCUUAAGGUCGGUGGAGAGAAAUUCUCCGCACACCGGUGCGUCCUCGCGGCCCGGUCUAGAGUCUUCAAGGCUGAACUUUUUGGCCCGAUGAUGGAGGGCAAAGUGACUGCAGGCGUCAUAUAUGUGAAGGACAUGGAGUCUCAAGUUUUCAGGGCAAUGCUUGCGUUCAUAUAUACCGACUCGGAGCCAGAGCUAGAGAAGGGAGAUGAUGAAGAUGUGAUUUGGCAGCAGCUGCUUGUUGCGGCCGAUAGGUAUGAUCUCCAGCGGCUGAAGCUCUUGUGUGAAGAUAAGCUGUGCGGGUUCAUCAACGUGAACACCACGACGGCCAUCCUGGCUCUAGCUGAGCGCCAUGGUUGUGAUGGGCUGAAGAAGGCGUGCUACCAUUUUCUGGCCACUCCAGGAAAUGUUAAGGCUGUCGUGGCCACUGAUGGCUUCGACCAUCUGAUCAGCAGCUCCCCAUCUGUUGUCAAGGAGUUGAUGGCCAUGCUUGCUCCUUAG